AGAAAGACCUUGUUUUACAAGAUAGAAGAUAAAUUUUCAUAGAAGACCAUAAAACAAUAAAACAGUUAUUGCAGAAUGUUUGGGUUUCCUAGUGAGAGAAUCACCUUGUAUGUAGUAAUUGAAUUGAAAUUUUUAAAAAUUUUGUUUAGACAUUUGCUAAAAAGAAAAGUGGCAAUCUUAAAUUGAGAAGUGAUUUAGAAGAAGCCAAAGAAAAUCUUGAAUUUAAUGCCACUCAACCAAAUCCUUUUAUAUAUUUUGUUGAAGAAAAAAGUGCAGAUGAAACUAAACAUGAUUUGAAAGAAAAAUAUACAAAUGAAUCAAUAAAUGAGUCUGAUAAAUUGUCUGAGAAAACAAUGGAGAAAAUGAAUGAUAUAUUAAAUUUCUUAAAACUAGAUAUUUUAGAAACUUUAUUAGUUACUAGUCCUCCCUGGUUAAUUAAUACUGAAUCAGGAUUUCAUCUAUAUGUUAACAGAAGCAGAAUGGAGGAACUUUCUGAACUCAAUAUAUCACAAGGAUCAGCAAUUGUUAAAAUACCAGAUGGUUUGGAUACAUUCUUUAAUGAUGUUGAAGAGGAUUUCUCUGAUAUAGGAAUUGUGGCUAUGAAAUGGAAUUCUUUAACUAAUUCAUACGUGAAAAAUCUUAAAAAUCUCCCUGAUGGUACUUCAACAUUAAUGUUGGAAAUUGCAAAUAAAAAUCAAAAUGUCUACAAUAUUGAAAAUACUACAAAACCAUUUGAAAUUUGUAUUCCUCGAUGGGAGGAUGUGAAAACAAAAGAAAUUUCUCCACCAUUUGAAGAAGUAAACUUUGAAGAUACGAGAUCAAUUAUGUGCCAUUGUCUAACUGUAUCAACUAAAAACGUUGCUGUAGUCAUAGACAUAAAAACUAUAAAAAAUAUGGAUGAUAAAAUUAUUAUAAUAUACAAAACUGGCAAAAAACCUUCUUUAUUUAGCUACGAUGGUUUAUAUAAAUUAAGGGAAAUAAAUUUAGAAAAUGAUGUAUAUCAUCAGAUGAUAAGAAUAAAUAAAGAACCAAUGCCGAAUAAGACAUUUUGCUUGUGUCUGGUUCUUCUUGAAGAUCAUAAAAUAGAUGAAAUAAGUAAAGAUUCAAAAAGUAUAGCAGUUGCAUAUUUAUUGAGAAAUUAUGAAUCUUUCACUUAUUAUAUUCGGAUUUAUACAACUGGUUGCUAUUAUUUUCAUAACAAUUCUUGGAUUUCCAAUGGAUGUGAAGUCGCUUCAGUUAAUGUUCUUUUAACUUGUUGUCAUUGCAAUCAUUUAACAUUGUUUGGUGGAGGAUUUGUUAUUGCACCAAACACAAUUAAUUUCGAUUAUGUUUUUUCUCACGCUGAUUUUGGUGACAAUAUCAUUAUUUAUAUUACAUUAAUUGUCACUUUCUGUAUCUAUAUAAUUAUCCUCAUUUGGGCAAGAUGGAAAGAUAGAAAAGACUUAGAAAAAAUAGGAGUUACUCCACUACCUGACAAUGAUAUAAAUGACAAAUACUUUUAUGAAANAACAAAGGUAUCUUUUCUUGUAUCUGGAGAUGAUGAUGAAACAGGCGUUCGAAUGUUAAUAGAUGACAAACGUCCCAUUUUACAAAGGAAAGCAAUUGAUGUAUUUGUUAUGGCUGUACCAAGAUGUUUAGGUAAUCUUAAUUAUUUGCGUAUUUGGCAUGAUAAUUCUGGAACUGGAGCAGCAGCUUCUUGGUAUCUCCAAUCAGUUGUAUUUAAAGAUGUUCAAACUGAUCAAAGAUAUGAAUUUAUUGUUGGCAAAUGGUUUGCUGUAGAAAAAGAUGAUGGCUUGAUUGAUAGAUUAAUACCUGUAGCAGGAAAGGAACAGAUGACAGAAUUCAAUCAUUUGUUCUCAAUUACAUCAAGAAGAGGAUUAAUGGAUAGACAUUUAUGGUUAUCAGUAUUUUUAAGACCUCCCAGAAGUCGUUUUACACGAGUACAACGUACUUCAUGCUGUAUGGCAGUUUUAUAUUUAUCGAUGCUAGUAAAUGCCAUGUGGUAUGGAAGAACAACUGACCAUCAAAGUGGUAACAGUUUUAAAUUUGGUCCAUUUAUUCUAUCACCCGAACAGAUUGCAGUUGGUGUAGUCUCUAAUUUUAUUAUAUUUCCUCCAACUUUUGUUAUGAUAUUUUUCUUUCGAAAUUCAAGACGAAGAAAGCUUCAUCCUUCUCGUGUCAAAGAAGCCAUUCAAAGACAGAAUGUUAAUCAACUCAAUAAUAUUAUAAUAAGUAAGGAAAAUAAUUUUGAUCCAUAUAAUGAAAAUUCUAAAGUUGAAAAAGUUAAAAUUGUAAAAAGAAAAAAGAAAUUUUCAUUGCCUUGGUGGUGCAUAAUCUUUGGAUGGUUCUUUGUAAUUGCUUCAAUUGCCACAUCAAUUUUCUUUUUAUGGGCUUAUGGAAUACAAUUUGGCAAUACAAAAACAUGUAAAUGGAUUACAUCAUUAAUUAUAUCAUUUUUUUCAUCUUUGCUAUUAACACAACCAUUGAAAAUAUUAUUAUCAGCAUGUCUUUUAUCAAUGAUAUGUCAAAAAUUGAAUUAUGAAGAAGAUGACAUUGACGAAGAUGAAGAAGAGCAUAACCUUGGUACUGAUGAAGAAUGGUUACAUGUCAGACCUAAUUCUAAGAAAACAUCUAAAAGGAACAUUUAUCGACCCAUGGAUGAGAAAACAUUAGAAAAAGCUAGAAUAAAACGUGAAAAAGAAGUACGACUGAAUAAUAUAAUAAGAGAACUGGUCGUUUAUUCUCUGUAUCUUUGGAUUCUCGUAAUUAUAAGCUAUGGUCAAAGAGAUCCAAACGGCUAUUAUAUGAGGUUAAACAUAAUAAAUAAUUUUAUCAAACCUGGAGAUCACUGGAAUGAUUUUAAUAAGGUUAAUACGGAUAGACGAUUUUGGAAUUGGACUACUGAAGUUUUGAUUCCAGAAUUAUUGAUCGGAAACUGGUAUAAUAAUCGAAUACCUUUAGGUUUGCGAGGUUUUAUUGAUGACAGAAAUAAUGUAAAAAUAAGUUAUGCCAUUAUGAGACAAGUACGAAUUAAAACUAAAUGUGUUAAUACGGAUAGACGAUUUUGGAAUUGGACUACUGAAGUUUUGAUUCCAGAAUUAUUGAUCGGAAACUGGUAUAAUAAUCGAAUACCUUUAGGUUUGCGAGGUUUUAUUGAUGACAGAAAUAAUGUAAAAAUAAGUUAUGCCAUUAUGAGACAAGUACGAAUUAAAACUAAUAGUUGCAAAGUAUCUAAAAAGCUAUACGGUUUGAUUAGUGAAUGCACGGGACUCGGAGAUAUCUUCAGUGAAGAUUCGAGUACAUAUGCCAGAGGAUGGAACGAAAAUUACACAAUUAACACUUCUAUACCACCAGAGUAUAGAUACUUGACCGCAUCUCAACUGAAAGGAUAUCCAUUUUGGGGGAAAAUGGGUUGGUACGGUGGAGGAGGUUAUGUCGUUCCACUAUUUGGAAAAAAGGAAAAAGUUUAUGAAACUAUCAGCAGGUUAAAAGCCGAUAAUUGGAUUAAUCAAAAUACUAGAGCUAUUUUUAUUGAAAUAGCUCUUUAUAAUGCUCAAGUUAAUCUCUUUACUGCAGUAACUAUACUUGCAGAAUUCUUGCCCGGCGGCGGUAUUACACCAUACUAUCACAUUGAUCCCAUACGACUCUUAUUCUAUCAUACCAAAUCUGGUUUCUUUACUCUAACUUGUGAAAUUAUCUUUGUCAUUUUUAAUAUUUACUUUACGAUAAAAGAAUUAAAAAACAUAAUUAAAUUAGGUAAACCAUACUUUGACGAAUAUUGGAAUCUUGCGGAAAUUGCAAAUCUCUUCUUUGCAUAUUCGGGUAUAGGAAUGAAUAUAUAUCGCUUAAUUCUUACUUAUAGAAUUUUGAAUAUUUUUACCAAAACUAAAGGAACCGGUUACGUCAAACUUCAAGAAGCAGUUCUUCUCGAUUCUAGUUAUGGUUAUGCCAUAGGUUUUCUCAUGUUUAUAUCAACGCUUAAAUUUCUUCGAUUGUUCCGAUACAAUAACACAAUGAAAUUAGUUUCUGGCACUCUAAAGAUGUGUGCCACGGAAUUGAGAAGCUACGGAAUAUGUCUCAUGAUCGUCUUUUGCGCUUUCGUAAUACUUUUCUGGGUUCUGUUAGGUACUUUCAUGGUAGAAUUUUCAACAUUUGUUCACUCUUUUGAAUCAUGUAUAAGCAUGCUUUUGAAAAAAUUCAAAUAUUCCCACAUGGAAAAGGCUUCUCCGUUCUUCGUACCCAUUGCUUUCUUUAUAUUUUCUAUCGUAGCAUCAAUGGUACUGAUAAAUAUUCUUCUCACUCUUAUACUUCAGAGUUUCGAACAAGUAAAGAGUAAUUUAAGCAAGCAACAAAACGAAUUAGAUAUCAUUCAAAUGAUCAAAGAGAAAAUUAAAAUUAUUGUUGGUAGAUCUCGCAUUCAACCCAUGAUAAUAAAUAGAAUUAGGAAAGAUCAGGAUAAAAUUAAAGAAUUUCCAGAAAAAGUAGAGAAAUUAUUGCAUUUUAUAAAUAGUAAUUACUUUGAAAAUGAGUUAGUGGUAUCAAUGGCUCAUCAACCAUCACUGAUUUAUUUAUUUAUACAACGAGAUAGCUAUACUGUAGUUAAAGAAAAAGUAACAAGUGUAAUGAUGGAAAAUUUAAGUAUUCCAGAAAAACUGGUAAAAUUUUUGAACAUUGCCAAACUCAGCGAUGGGGGAUUUAUCCGUUGA